CCGUCGCGUAGAACUGUAAUAUUUAGCUGUUGAGUGUUUAGUGCUUAAAUUAUUAUUGUUAAGUGUUAACAUUUUUCCGUCGCACAACGUAAUAGUCAACUGACCAUUUAAAACGGAUAAUUAUCGUCUAAAUCAAAUAACAGUCUCCUAAUGCGGACUUUUAAGAUUUAUCUGCAGUACAAUUGUGACGUUGAAAUGUCUACUAGUUAGUACGAGCAAUUUGGGAUCAGUCACACUUUGUCUCGAUUUCUAGUGCUUGACAUUCAACGCUUAUAAUUUAAGUCCUGUUAUAUUCAUCUAUCGUGAUUAUUCCGAAUAACUAUGAGCGUGGUACAAGGUGGACUCAGCAAACUGAAGAAAAAACACAUUGGUGUGAAGAGACAGAAGGUUAAGUUGUUCCGUGCCAAUGAGCCACUGCUGUCAGUUCUCAUGUGGGGUGUAAAUCAUACUAUUAAUGAAUUGAGCCAUGUAACAAUACCAGUGAUGCUACUCCCUGAUGAUUUUCGAGCGUAUUCAAAAGUCAAAGUUGACAACCAUUUGUUUAAUAAGGAGAAUAUGCCUAGCCAUUUUAAAAUCAAAGAGUACUGCCCAUUGGUGUUCCGUAAUCUAAGGGAACGUUUUGGUAUUGAUGAUUUGGAUUACAAAGAGUCAAUGACGAGGUUCUCUGAGCAAAGCAGCUACUGUUGUCGCAAAAGUCAAAGCAAAUCUAUUAUGAUGUACAAUCGAAGAUCCUUGACUACUCCUAAUUUACAUAUGGAAACAGCUAACUAUAAGCCUAAGAAAUUGAAAGUUAAUUAUACUGAAAUUGAAAGAAGAUCACAACCUGUUUCAGCAGAUGCCACAGGCAAAAGUAAUGCAGGUUUUUACUACUCAUACGACAAAUUAUUCAUCAUUAAAACAUUAACAAGUGAAGAAGUUGAAAGAAUGCACUCAUUCUUAAAACACUAUCAUCCUUAUAUAGUUGAGAGACAUGGAAAAACUCUUCUUCCUCAAUAUUUGGGAAUGUAUCGCUUGACUGUUGAUGGUGAUGAACAUUAUGUUGUAGCCAUGAGAAAUGUGUUUAGCAAUCAUUUGGCCACACAUAGAAAAUUUGAUCUCAAAGGUUCCACAGUAGAUAGAGAAGCUUCAGAUAAGGAGAAGGAAAAAGACUUACCGACAUACAAAGACAAUGAUUUUGUCAAAGAACGUACAAAAAUAUAUAUUGGAGAUGAAGCAAAAGAUAAGUUAUUAGAAACAUUAGGAGCAGAUGUUGAUUUUUUGACGGGUUUACAUUUGAUGGACUAUAGCCUGUUAUUAGGCAUACACGAUUGUAUUCGUGCAGAACGUGAAAGGGAAGAGGCAAUUACUAGUGGAACUGGAGAUGUUAAUGCAGAAGAAGAAGAUGAAGAUGCUGAAGAUAGUGAGGGUGCUGGGAAUACAGUAACUUGGGCAAAUACUCCUCCAGAUUCACCACAUAGUUUAUUAGCUCGUGAUACAAGCCUCUGCCAGUAUGAUGCAGCAGCUAUAAUACCUGAUCUCGAUAUAUAUGCCAUACCUAGCAGUGAAGGUGCACCAGUUCGAGAAAUUUAUUUUAUCGCAUUGAUAGAUGUACUUACACAUUAUGGCGUUAAAAAGCAGGCAGCCAAAGCAGCUAAAACAUUGAAGCAUGGAUCAAACGUGGAUGGCAUAUCAACAUGCGAUCCAGAACAAUAUGGCAAACGUUUUAUUGAGUUUUUAUCAAAAGCCAUUGAAUAAAUUAUAAUUUAAAAUUUCUUCCAUUUUGAAAACAAUAUAUAGUGUGCUAAGUAUUAUUAUUUAACGCUAGUUUUGUAUACAGCAACGCUUGCUUUAAACACUAUAUAUUACUAUUGGUUUGAAAUGAACGUACUUUAUUUUUUACAUA